AUGUCGAUUCGUGGCGCAGUCAACGAUGGAUUCCUGAAGUCCCAGGCGUCUUGGAACAACUUCCCGGGUACUUUCUGGCCAUUACUCCUCCGAUUGAAGCUGGGCCUCUUCAGUGGAAUGAUUCCUCAAUGGCAAGACAAUGUAGCUCCGAGAUAUUGCUUCAUUUUGGACCGCGACUAUCCGACGCCGGAGAGGUGUCGAAGAUCAGUGAGGAAGCGAGAUAAGAAGAAUGCGAAAAAAACUGCCAAAGAUGUCGAGAGACCAAAGGUGCUUACCGGCGCGGAGAUUGACUACGUUGGCAAUGUCCUGCAUCCAAAGCAAGACGGCAAGGACGACGACGAAGGGCCAUCAAACGACGAAGAGAUUAAGGAGAUCGAAAGGAAGGGCAUCUGGGCUGUCGUGCAAGUCAAGCUUCGAGGAUCUUGGGGGGAUAUUUUCGAGGAAGGCGGGAAGCUUGGGACAGAUUUUCGGGACAAGAGGGCCGCGGAUGGUAUAUACUGGUUGGGGCAUUUCUUGUCUAGGAUUUUCAGUGUCUGGGUCAAAGACCGGCGGCUCGUGAGGGAAGACUUCUUUCAAAAACCGUCGACAGUUUUGAUGUCGACCUCGACUGCUCCGGAUCCAAGGCAGUAUCUCGUACGCCCGUACCUUGGAUGGUCCCGAUCCGCACCACGAUCAUGCUUCGGAACAUUCCAGAACCAAAUGACUGAUAUACAACUGCUAUCGGUCCUGUGCCAGAACAACGACGACCAUGGCAAUCAGACACCAGCUCUGAUCUUCAGCACGGUGGUCGCCCGCUUGGCCUUUCCCACGUCAGAUACACCAACAUCUCCAACGGAGGUGAAGCUAUGGAGAGAACCGAGGCUACCGGCGGUCUCACCUAGGAUCGGAUCAUGCAGAGUGCUCCAAAACAUCUUCCGCCUCAUGGGUACCACCGACGUUGAUUUGUUGCUGUUCCGGAGGUUGACAAUGAAACCGGUGAUGGGCGUGAUGAAGCAGAGCAAGACGAAGAUACAGGUACCGAUUCAGCGUACGAUCUACCGCCGGUGGACCUACUCGCUGAAGACCUCCGAUUCAGCGAAGACCGACUCAGGCUUCCGUCCUUCCUGCGCGAAACGAGUUACCUUUUCGGUCUUCGGAUGGCUCAGCCAAAUCCCUCCUUCCAGCAGCUACUGCUCGACCCGGAACAACGACGAGCAUGACACCAGCACCGACCCACCAGCGCCGGUUUUUUGCUAUUUGGAGGUUAAUAAUGAAGCCGAUGAUGGGGAUGAUGAAGCAGAACAAGAGGAAGAUACAGGUACCGAAUCAGCAUACGAUGAGCCACCAAAGACAACCUCCGCGCUCCAACCCCGCGUCCGCCGCCUACAAGGGCCUUCUGUGGAUGCUAUCUCCGGAACCUACUGGCCAAGCACCUCUGAUCCAGCGAAGAUCGGCUCAAUGAAACGAGUUACGCGCUCAGUCUUUGAACGGCUCAGCCAUUUUUUUGAUACCACCGACGAUGAGCACAAUAGCACACUCACCUCCCUCAGUCUUGUUGCCGAGGCCCACCACGUGGAGGGCGAUGUAUACGCUGACCGAUCUGGGACGACGGCAAGCGACGAAGAGUUCUUCAGCGAGGAGCCGCCGCCGUCCGAUCGACACUAA